AUGGUCACCACAUCAAGCGACCCGGUAUUGUCGGCGAUAUCCAAGUGUGAGUUUUGCGGAGAUUGUCAGCAUAAGAACUUCAAGUGUUCCCAGUUUCUGGCAAUUACCGUUGCACAGCGCCUACUGAUGGUACGUGAAAGGAAUGUCUGCUUUAAUUGUCUAAGGAAGGGACACCGAAGUGCCAACUGUCCGUCUCCAGGUACAUGUGCAAAAUGUAAGAAAAGGCAUCAUAGUCUGCUUCACGUAGAGACCCAACAGUCUGAGGAUGUAGAAGUUCACCCAACGAAGCAGGAUGAUAAACCGAAUAAGCAACCACCAACGUUAUCAACAGAAGGGUCUGAUGACUUACCGCGGGCAAGCACGAGUCAAGUAACAACUGUAACAUGCGCUACUGGUCGAGGACAGUUACCUCCACACGUGCUGUUGAUGACAGCGGUCGUAGACGUCUUGGACAAAAACGGCAACCCACAACCCUGUCGUAUUUUAUUAGACUCGGCCUCCCAAGUGAAUAUCAUAACACAACGGAUGGUACAUCUUUUUGGAGUAGACGAAUUUCCGGCAAACCUUUCAAUCGCCGGUGUCGAUGGUAUGCAGUCUCGAUCUAACCGAGGGGUUACUGUCCAGCUACGAUCCAGGUAUAUGCACUUCCUUCUCAACAUUCAGUGUUUUGUAACGCUGAAGGUAACAGCAGAUCUUCCAACGAGCAAGGCAAACGUCACCACAUGGGAGAUUCCUGCGGGAAUACAACUUGCCGAUCCAAGUUUUAAUUCACCUGACAAGGUCGAUAUGCUCAUCGGUAACCAGUGGUUCCUUCAACUUUUCAUGUCCGGCAAAAUUGAACUAGGAGAAGGUCGUCCAACACUUUGCGAAACAAAGCUUGGUUGGGUUUUUGGCGGAGCGAUUGGCGUUGGCACAGGUUUUGAAGGAGUGGUUCGAGCACAAGCUAUAACCAUUGAAGAGCUUAGUGAGUCUAUACAAAGGUUUUGGGAGGUGGAAAGCGUGCCACAACAAUUCCAAAUCACUACCGAUGAAGAAUUAUGCGAGAAGCAUUUUUUGGCCACCCACUGUAGGAAUGCGUCUGGAAGAUACGUUGUUGAACUGCCUUUGAAGAAUGACGUGAAUGAGCUCGGCGACUCCCGUUUGAUGGCAUUGCGCAGAUUUUUCGUGCUGGAGAAGCGAUUCGAUCAACAGCCAGAUUUGAAGCGGCAAUAUAUCGAAUUUAUGGAUGAAUAUGAGCGUCUUGGGCACUGCAAGGAAGUGUUUGAAAGGAAUGAUACACAAGGAAUGUUGAAGUGGUACCUACCCCACCACGCCGUUCUUCGCCCAUCAAAUACUACAACCAAGUGUAGAGUGGUGUUCGAUGCUUCGGCAAGGGUACUUGGUCGAUCUCUGAACGAAAUGAUGAUGGUUGGUGCGAUUUGCCAAAACGAUUUGCUAGCAAUAGUUCUUGGAUUUCGCAUCCCCCAGUACGUUUUGACCGCUGACGUGGAAAAAAUGUAUCGGCAGAUUGACGUCGGAGAAUGCCAUACUCCGCUGCAAAGAAUCUUUUGGAGAAAGAAUUCCUGCGAUCCAUUACGAGUCUUGGAGCUCAAGACGGUUACGUAUGGCACAGCAUCGGCACCAUUUUUAGCCACUAGAACAUUGACACAACUGGCUGUCGACGAGAAGUUGCGAUACCCGGUAGCUGCAGAGAUAGUAAAUAAAUGCUUCUACGUAGAUAACGCGUUAUUUGAGUUCGAUGGCAUAGAUGAAGCUAUUGAAGCACAAAGGCAGCUAAUAGAAAUGUUGAAGCACGGAGGGUUCCAUUUGCACAAGUGGUCAGCUAACAGCAAGGAGCUGAUGGAAAGGAUACCUGAAGAUGAUCGAGAAAAACUUGUUAGCAUUCACGAUUCUGGAGUUAAUGAAAUUAUCAAGACCUUGGGACUGAUGUGGAAACGAGAUAGCGACGAAUUACUUUACCUUUCUUUGCCAACAUCAGACAUCGAGCACCCAACGAAGAGACAAGUAUUAUCACUACUUUCGACGAUGUUUAAUCCUCUGGGCUUAGCAGCUCCAGUAAUAGUUCUCGGAAAGCUUCUUAUGCAGAUGGUUUGGAAGGAGAAAUCUGACUGGGAUGCGCAAAUCUCAGCGGCUCUACUACAACAGUGGAAGUUAUUUCUAAGUGCACUAGAGGAUGUGAGUCAGUUGAGGAUUCCCAGAAGAGUGGUAGCGGCUAAUGUUAGUGCACAUGAACUUCACGGUUUUGCGGAUGCCUCCGGAGUAGCUUACGGAGCCUGCGUGUACAUCCGGUCGUUAGGUAAAGGAUCUGCAAGUAUGAAGUUGAUUGCAUCAAAGUCAAGGAUUGCACCUAUUACACCGCUGAGUAUUCCGAGGAAGGAAUUGCUGGCAGCACUUCUGCUGCAUCGUUUGGUUAUGAAAGUUCUGUCAGUAAUCAAUCUGGACUUUAAGGAGAUGACGCUGUGGUCAGAUAACCAACCUGUAUUGGCUUGGUUGAAGCAUCCGCCAGAACAGCUGGAGCUGUUCGUUCGCAAUAGAGUAUGCGAGAUAGUUUCAACGGGCGAUCGUUUUGCAUGGAAAUACGUUAGAUCCAAGGAUAACCCAGCCGACGUAGUUUCUCGGGGUCAAGCAGCUAACAAGCUUGCCACAAACGACAUCUAUUGGAAUGGUCCUACUUUUUUAAGAAAUGAAGCGUACCGUAUGGAGAUUCCGCCACCGUUGCCAAUUGAAGAAAUUCCCGAGUUGAAGCCUAUCGUCAGAGUUCAUAUAGUGACUAGAUAUGAAGAAUUGCCAGUGUUCAUCAGAUUUGAGUCGUUUCGGAAAUUGCAAGGAGUAGUGGCAUACGUGUUGCGUUUUUGUCGAAAUGCCAGGAUUAGAGAAGAAAGCCGCAACAUGGAGCGAUUUCCCACAAUCAGCGAGCUUCGGCAGGCAAUGAAGGUCAUCGUUAGAGUGGUUCAAAACCAAGGUCUGGCAGAGGAAGUCCAGCGCGUAUCAUCCAGCAAGCCCUGCAAGAAAAUCAAAAAUCUUAGUCCGUUUUCAGAUGAGGGCAUACUACGAGUUGGUGGCAGAUUACGCAACACAAGUUUAACGUACGAUGUAAAGCAUCAGUGGAUAUUACCGCAUAAGCAUCCGGUAGUAAGAAGCCUCAUCGCGGCCAUUCAUCGUGAGAAUCUCCACGUUGGACCCUCCGGCGUAAUGGCUAUUGUUCGGCAGCAGUUUUGGAUCACCAACUGUCGAAAUACAGUACGCAGUGUAAUCAGAAGUUGUGUACAGUGUUUUAAGCGAAAUCCAAGGCUAGCAGAGCAGUUUAUGGGAGACUUACCAAAAGGUCGCGUUGAGCGAGUACCAGCGUUCUUUGACUUUGCGGGACCAAUCUCCAUACGUCAAGGAAUUCGCAAGGCCAUACCAGUGAAGGGGUAUAUUUGUGUCUUCGUUUGCUUAGUAACGAAGGCCAUACACCUAGAAGCAGUUGAAAAUUUGUCCACUGCGGCAUUUCUUGCAGCACUGCAGCGUUUCGUAGCCCGACGAGGUGUUCCAGCGGAAAUUUGGAGUGACAAUGGAACAAACUUCGUUGGCGCACGAAACGAGUUGAAGGAGUUGCGUAAGCUAUUCGAACGCGAAGUGACGGAGAAGAAAGUCUUUGAAUUUUGCCAAACAAGACAAAUCAUAUGGAGGAAUAUCCCGCCUAGUGCUCCUCAUUUUGGUGGGUUAUGGGAAGCAGGCGUAAAGAGCGUGAAAUCUGUGCUGAAUAAAAUAUUGAAGCAAGCGACACUAAAUAUUAUAGAGUUUGCCACGCUCCUUUGCCAAAUUGAAGCGAUCCUCAACUCCAGGCCACUGUUCGCGCAUUCUGAUGAUCCAGUAGAUGAAGAGGUUCUUACACCUGGACACUUUCUGGUUGAUCGUCCUCUGACGGCCAUUCCAGAGCCUUCGUGCGAGGAAAUACCUGUGAACAGGCGCUCAUGA